GUGGCCACUCUAAUAUUUAAAACAUGUUUUAAUAUGUAGAACCCGCCAGUGCUAUCAUCUUGGUAGAUUCAGAGAGUGAUGAGAUUGGGGUCUGUAACUGUAACCAGAACAAUCCAAAAAAAUCAAGAUAGUGGGUCUUGUGGUUUGUGAUCAGUUGGACUUUCAAUCCAAUUUGUGAUUGAAAAUGACACUAACAACUUUGGGUGUCGUGGGAGACCAACACGAUUUUUUUGUUUUUGUUUUUCUUUUAUUGCCAAUCUGAGUAUAACUUUUAUUAGGUGAAUGAGCAUAAGGACUUUUAGGUCAUUUGCAUGUAUAAAAGACACUACCCAAAUCAUAAUAUUUUCAAUCACUCACUAACUAUCUUAAACAAUGACUCCAAUUCCAAACACCGACGUGAGAGAGUUCGUGGUGAACCAACGAAACGGAGUUAAAGGGCUCGUCGACUCUACGAAACCAACCACACUUUCUUCUCCAUACAUUCAACCUCCUCAAGAGCGCCUCACUUCCGACAAGAUCCUCUCAUCACCGUCGCAAGUUCCUGUCAUCGACGUGUCCAACUGGAAUGACCCGCACGUGGCUAGUGAGAUCUGCCACGCAGCGUCUAAGCUCGGAUUGUUUCAGAUAGUGAACCACGGGAUAGCUCCAACGGAGUUGAAGGCUUUGGUUGCGGCUGCACGUGGGUUUUUCGAGUUGCCGGCGGAGGAGAGGAGAAGGUAUUGGAGAGGAAGUUCGGUGUCGGAGACGGCGUGGCUGACCACUAGCUUCAAUCCUUACAAAGAGAGUGUUUUGGAGUGGAGAGACUUCCUCAAGUUUGAGUUUCUUCCUCAACGACGUGGCUUUGAUGCCACGUGGCCUCCUGUCUGCAAGGAACAAGUGACGGAACAUUUCAAGAGGAUGAAACCAAUCGCCAAUAAUAUCUUAACAAUACUUAUGAACAAUCUAAACUCAACCAUCGACAAGACUAGUAAGCAAACACUAAUGGGAACAAUGAGAAUGAAUUUCAACUACUAUCCGGAAUGUCCUGAGCCAAGCCUCGCAAUAGGAACUGGUCGCCACUCAGACAUCAACACACUCACUCUCCUCCUACAAGAAGACGGUGUCUUAAGCAGCCUCUACGCUCGAGCUACCGAGGACGGGGAGAAAUGGAUUCAUGUCCCUCCAAUUUCUGGAGCAAUUGUGGUUAAUAUUGGAGACGUGUUACAGAUAAUGAGCAAUGAUAGGUAUAGGAGCGUGGAGCAUUGUGUGCUGGUUAAUAAAUCUUGUAGCCGGGUUUCUAUUCCGGUUUUCUGCGGACCGGUUAAUGAUUCGGUUAUUGAGCCGUUACCAGAGGUGUUAGAGAACAAUGAGAUGGCUCGGUAUAGAAAGGUUGUGUAUUCGGACUACUUGAAGGGAUUUUUUGAAAGACCUCAUGAUGGAAAGACGACCAUUGAGUCGAUUAAAUUGUAAGGAUGUGGUUUAAAUCUCUCUUUUUAUUAUUGUUGUUUACUUUUUCGAAGGUUUGCAGUAAAAUAACCCUUUUAAAUAAGGAUUUAAGGGCUUUUUUUUAAAGACCCCACGAUGUAAAGAAAACUAUUGAGUCGAAAUCCCAAGUGGCCGAUUUUGGUA